AUGGCGUUAGAUCGUAUCGUAGCGUUGGUUGAUAUGGAUUGUUUUUACGUCCAAGUUGAACAGAGACGGAAUCCUGAAUUACGAGGAAAGCCUUGCGCCGUGGUUCAGUAUAAAACUUGGAAGGGUGGAGGGUAAGUUGAACUUCGAUUAGGUGUUCGAUUUUUAAACAAAGUGUAUUUGUUGCAUUAGUUAGCAAAAACAAGCGAUAAGACUCUUCCGGUAACUAAUAACAACAAUAUUUUUAACAGAUGUUAAACUUGCUGCGUUUUUAUCUUGCCUUAUUUGGCAAAUAUUAUCAUUUAAUAUCCUCGAAUCAAGCGUACAUACGUGCAUCUUGCCUUUCGCCCUUCUUGAUGCGUAAAAACUCGUUCAAAAAACGUGCACAGAGUCCUUUUAACCUCGAACGUACCCCAUUUACUCACAUAUCAUGUUUACAUGACGCCAGUUAUUAGUAGGCAAAACUACGAAAGAACAAAUGGGCAACUGACAAUUUGACUAACAAUAAACGACUAUUAACUGUGACAAUAGACGGAUCGAAACGCGCCAAUGACAUUACGAGUCUUCAUAGCCAAGAACAUCACGGCUUAACUGACAGGAGGGGUUGUGAGGGUUUGCUGUGAUGCGGUUUUCCCCGAUUUAGUGCGGUUUUGCGGAAAUUUUUAUUUUAAGUUGCGGUAUUGCAGUUUUACAAAACCAAGAGGUUUGCGGUAUUUAGAAAUUUUCGGGUAACUUCAAUGACGUUUGCAGUUUUCUUAUGUUAUUCUUUGUGGGGUCUAUAAGGAAUUCUGUAUGGUUUUGCGAUAUUUGUACCCCCCUUACUCCCCCCUUUGACAAAAGGCUAAUAACAUUUUGACUUACAGCGGUGAUCAUAUUGGCAUGAACACCUGAAAUAUGUCUGGAAUGUUUAUUGUGAUGUAACCAAUCACAGACGAGAUCAUCACACCACAGAAACCACAAGCAACGAACGGUUUCCUAUCUGUCACGGAACAAAUUAUUUUCAUUUUGUUUUAACAUUCAGUCUUUUUACCAGUAAACAAUUGCUUUUCCUUCCUAUUUGUUUACAGUAUUUGCUAGCGAAGAAUACAGGUUCGAGCGAUUUUGAAAUAAAUUACAAAGCCGAUGUGCCGGGCCUACGCACGCGAACACCGCGGCAAAACGCAAUGCGCAUGAGCACAAAAUUUAAUAUCCGGUCAGCUUUUUAUUUCCGGUCUAGUAUAUAAACCAAUGGCGAAAGCAUAACUUUGCCGUCGCGCCAAGUUUAAAAGCAAAAAGGGCGAAACAGACAAAAAAGGGGGCCAAAAAAAUCACUUCAUUCGAAAGCUUAUAUAUUUUUCUAUUCUCAAACUUUUGCACCACAUGGUUAUCUGUUUGCACCAACGGUGAAAAUGAUGUUUGAAGUUUGCAGGUCGCGAGCGCUUGACAAGACGAAUUUGUUUUUACUGGCUUUCUUGCAUGCUACUGGUUUGGCAUAAGUUAAUUUGGGAGAAGGCGACAACUAAGAAAAGAAUAACAAUACUUAUGAAAGAAACCAAAAUAAAGACGUCAUCAUUAUCAUAAAAACACUAAAACCAGGAAAUAAAAUUUUAGUCCGUUCAAUAAUUUGUUUUAUUAUCAUAGAAAACAAGAACUCAAAACAAAAGAUGGGCGGGAUUUAAUAACAACUUUGACUUUGAUGACUGCAGUCACCGGAAACUAAACAUGCCUAUAAAUGACUUUCAUUCAAGAAAAUGCCUAUUUAAUUCUUUUACAUGGUUGUUCUUUUGUUGACGACUUCAAUAAUUUCAGACUGUGCGGCUCGGCUGCAUCUCAUGCAAACACGAAACUUCUAGCUGCUAAAUACAUGGCAUGAAAAGUUCGACUUCUAAAAGCCACUGAACCAGCUUUCGCUCUCUGAUUCUGAGAAUGAAAAAAUAAAUAAAUAGAGUUGUCAACUUGCUGCCAACCGGCUCAACAGUAUAAUUAAGCUUAUGUUUCAUGGCAAUCAACCCAGAAGAGUUUCGUUUUAAAACACGGUAAAACCCACUGGUAAACAAAACUACAAAGCGAUUGUGUGUUGUCGUUUUCCAAAUAAAGUUUGAAUCGGCUUUAACACAUGUAGACUGAGAAACUGAAGAACUGAAAAUUAGAACUACAAUACACAAGCUUGCAAUGAUAACGUUUUAAUUUCAUGUCUUAGUUUCAGCCAGGUUAAGUGAAAAAUAACAGUCAAAAACUUUAAUUUUGUGAAUGAAAAUCAGUUUACCUGACGCUCUAGCCAAAAUUACACACUGAGUUAUUAUCAUCUUACCUUUUCUGAAUCUAAUCGACUAAUUGUUUCAGUGAUUUGUGCCUGGUUAUCCAUAAAAGCAAUUUCAAUAACUACAAAAUAGUCAAAAACACGAGCAGCAUAAAGCAGAACAACUGAGCCACAAGCUGCACACAGAAUGAAGCGGAGAGAGCGCGGGAGACUUUGAUCUGACUGGAAAGUGUGACUGAAAAAGAGACCGGAAAUGCUCAAACUGGCGCAUGCGUUGACGUUUUGCCGCGGUGUUACGCACGCGACGGUUUGGCACGCGAGUUUUCAAACUUUUUGUAACGAUCGAAAUCGGUAGUUACGUCUGAUCGCAAGUUACAAUGUUGCAAGGUAAGCCGCUAGAGUUUUCUGAUUUCCAUUGCUUCACAGCUAAUGCAGUAAGCGUAAACACUUUUUCGUGAAAAAUCGAAGCAGAUCGAAGAACUGCGAUCAGAGAUAAUCAUAUUUUUUUUCUUUUGCGUGCAAAAUGUGCUAAUUUGGACUUGAAAUCUUCCUGGCUAAAUCCCCUCAUAACUAGCUUCCUAUAGCAUGUAAUCCCCCAGAUAUUAAAUGCGUAAAUGCUUUCAGAGAAAAAGCAAAAUUAUAUUUUGGAAGGAAUACCGAAAAUUGGAAUGUUUACGUUGCGCAAUGUGCCAAUCAUUCCAUAUAUGUUGAAUUUGGUCGGUGGUCUUUCCAGUUUGCGACCUUGCGAUCAAGGGACUUCUGCCAGCACAGUAGUUCGAAGGUUCAAUCGUUAGUCCACACAAAUCGAAUCCCCUUGUUCUACAAAAAAAUAUUAGCAAGGAUUAUGCUAUCAGAAACGAAAACAUCAAGAUUGUUCAUUUUUUAUUGUCUUCAUGUGAUAUGUCGUUACAUGGAAAGCUGGUCGCCGUCGUGUCGCGUUGGCUUCUAAAACUUUUCUUUCUAAAAUCGAACGAUGUACUGGAUGCGGUCCUCAGCACUGAUCCUGGGGAACAGCGGUGUUUUAAAUUCCUAAUAAGGCAGUUUGUAUCCUUAAACAAAACGAAAAUAAUUUUUUCCAUGACCGAUCGGAAACUGUCGUUGCCUGUGGUUUCUGUGGUGUGAAGAUCUCACCUGUGAUUGGUUGCAAUACAAUAAACAUUCCAGACAUAUUUUAGGUGUUCAUGCCAAUAUAAUCACCGCUGUAAUUGACCAGUCAGGUCAAUAGCCAGAGUUAAAUACCAUAAUUUCCCGUGAUACAACUCACUUUGACUCUGAAGAUGACUAUCACACUGGUUGUCAGAACGUCAGUCACUGUCAACAACAACAAUCCUAUUCAGGACUACGUUCACCCAGACGAUCAUACUCAACCUACGUGUGACAUGACUCCUUGGUUCAAACCUUUUACAGACAUGAGCUUACUUGUCUGUUUAACAGUUACCACUGGAUCAGUCACAACAUUACAUUUCCGGUCAUUGUCUGAAAGAGGUCCCCUUGCAACUCAACUUUAUCAUGUAAAGAAAUACAUUGUAAUAUUACAGUAUACCUGCCAACUUUUUCAGAGUCAAAUGUGUGAGGUUUUGGUCUUGUCAUUACCAGAGUUUCCGAACAUUUCCGGUGAUUUUCUGAAGACUUUCAAACGUUGCUGAAAAUGUCCGAAGAUGCUCCGAUAACCUUUGAGCACUUCUGAAGCUAUUUCAAAGGUGUUAUUUUAGUGUGUUGUGAUAAAAUUGAGUGCCAUUUUGGAUAGGCUCGAUUACGCACUGCUGUUCGGGAAAUGAACCCACGCUCCUCCCCUGAAUAGAGUCUCUUCUCAGGGAGGACUGAGGGAGCAGCAGAAAUCGAGCCUACUUUUUGGAAUAUUUUUGGGCAUAUUAAAUUUAAUUUUGUAAUCAAUCAUGUGUUAAAGAACAAAUCGUCUGGAUUUGUGAGUUAGGCAUGAGAAAUUGCCCUUGAUGCGUGAGUUUGAUGUCUUUAAUCCACAAGCAUGAAAUCAUGCAUAAUGCAUUAGAGUUGACAGGCAUAAGAUAUAAAUUAUGAUCACUAUAUGCUAAACACCUGAUUUUCCCCAGACAAGGUAGAUAGAUAUGAUAUUAUUAUUAUAGGAGGCUAAUGUAGUAAUAAGCCUGGUUAUGCACUUAUCAGUGGUCAUCUCAGGGGGAUUUCGAACCCCUUGGGACCCCCCCCCCCACCCCUAGCAUUUGCAUAAUGACAUUUACAAAUCUCCCAGGAACAAAAUUUCUCCACAAAAUGCUGCCAUCGCUUCUCCACCUGGAGCAGCAGUUGGUUCAGAUGAAGAUUAUAGUCACAAAGUGCAGUGAGUUCAUGCUCAAGGGACUUCCACAUUGCAAGGACACGUUCCUUUUGUUCUUAUAAAUACCUCUAUUAUAGAGUUGCAAUCAAAAGGGUUUAUAGAAGGUUCACAAAUGUCAACAAAUGCAGAAAAUGCAGCAAAUGUCAACAAAUCCUGUGCCAUGUACGAGUAUGUCUCUGGGAUCGACCCCAGGGGUGACCGCUGAUACAUGUAAGUUAAAGCAUUAUUGUCAUAGCCUGUUUAAGGCAUUCAGAUAUAUGAUUGCCUUCAUUUACUUCACAGUAUAAUAGCAGUGAGCUAUGAGGCACGUGAUUUUGGAGUGACUCGAAAUAUGCGAGGAGAUGAGGCUAAGGAGAAAUGUCCAGAAAUAACUUUGGUGCGUGUUCCAGAAGCCCGUGGUAAAGCCAACUUAACUCUUUAUCGGGAGGCAGGAGCCGAGGUUAUUGCUGUGCUUUCACGCUUCUGUGAUCAUUGUGAGAGAGCAAGUGUGGAUGAAGCUUAUCUUGAUCUGACAGAAAAUGUGAAAAUGUAAGUUACUGUAGAGUGUAAGAAUGUGCAGUGUUGGUAAUGGUGAACUGUCCACAAUAGAAAGGUAUCUGCAUCGUAUUCUGAGGUCACCUUAAAUACAUGUGAAAUUAUAUUUUAUAAAUAUUUUACAGCUCCAUUAUUUGAGGUAACUUCUCGGAGCACUAAGUUGCUAAUUUGAACAAAAAUAUUGUCCUAUUGGAGUAGUAGAUUUUCACCUUUCCAUGUAACAAUGCUUUCCUUUCAAUAUUUAAGCCAAAGCAGCAAUAUUAUCGUCAGUAACAAUUCGUUUUAAAUUAAUUGUUUUUAAAUACCUGAAAGAAGGCAAUGGAAGUAAAUGCUGGUUCUUUUUCCUCCUUUAGCUUUAUUGCAUGUUAAGGGAGAUGGUAAAAAUUUAUUUGUUUUUUGAAAACAGGAAGACUUACUAGAACAAAUGCAGCUGCUCUUCAUUAUAUUUUUGACAGCUGAAAGGCAACUAACAGAGAUCAAUAUUCACCUUCUCCCUUACUAUUACUGCGUUAUCAGACACAAAUGUGAUGAGAACAAAAAUUAUCAUUAAAAUAAGAAUGUCUCACAAGUUUAAGAAGUAAAUUUUUUCUAAUAUGCCAUAAGUCGAACCAUCAUUCUAGUCCUUUAAAGGGCUAUAUUUAAAAACAUAACUUGGAGAUGCUAGUUAUAAUACUUAAAUUAUUCAGAAUAACAAUAAAAUGUCUAGCAAGCUGAACUCUCUUUAGUUAUAUGCUUUACUAAAUACAGUAAUUCUUCCCCUUAAGAAUAGUCUUCUUUUAGCUAUGCUUAGUUGUUGCCCUGUUUGAGGGCAAUGUGAUGUUAUCUAGAAGUGGUUUUUCCUCUGUCUGUUUUUUUUUCCAUAAAUUAUCAGGCAUGUAAAUUAGGGUGAAAAUUUAAAAACAAAGAGCUGGCUAGAGAAACAUCAAUGGCUUGAAAUGGGAAAAUAAAAAAUCCAAGCUAAAAAGGUGUUAUACCAUUUAACUAUUUAAUGUAACACUCAUAGGUUUAUUAUAAUUGUUAUUUUUAUUAUUGUGGUACAUAAUGUUGAUACACGGUAUCUAAAAAUAAUAUACCUGCACAAAUAUUAUCCUUUCCUUUACUUUCUUUGUGGCCUUAUUUAAUUACAUUGUACAAGGAUGUCACAUCUAUUUGUACUUCCUGCUUAGUCUUAAUGUAGCUCAUGGUAAUAUAAAUGCACAUCUGAAUUUUGAAAAUAAAUUUGAUAUCUCCAGAAUAAAAGUAAUUCUGAUUUUAAAUUUUAAGAGUUCAAAUUUUAAAAAUUUUCCUCCCAUGCGUGCCCUCAGAAUUCUUCUACAGUGGAACCUGGAUUUAUUGAAGGGCCAAGGCAGCCAAGAGACUGAAAAAAUUUGGUGGCUAUAAAGAGGUUUAGUUAUAUUGAGGUUCUUUUUCAAAUAUUUACUAUUAUUGGUGUAAAGAAAAUCAUUUGUUAUAUCAAGGACUUGGUUAUAGAUCGUUUUCACUGUCACGCAACAAAACAUUAAAUUGGAAACCGUGCGGUGGAAGAAACCGAGAAAAUGAAAUGUUAUUAAAGACUAAUAUAUAAACAAUUUGUUUAAGUCUCAGGUCUUUGCGGCCCACAGUUUCUGAGUUUUUUGCUGAAACGUUUCACACACCUUUGUAGAGCUUUGCAUGGCGACGCCAAAUUGGUGCACCGUUUUGGUGCACCAAUAUGGCCGCCGGAAAUCAACAAAAACAUCUGGAGUUCACUUUUUCUAUAAAAGCUCUUUCUUUUCACUUGAGAACUAGCAUACGUGCGCAUAAACAUAUCUUCUAAUACUUGAAAUGGUUAUGCUGCUAAAAAUCAAGAGGAGAGACCUUUUUUCAACGAGACAACAUUCCUAUUUUGGUGUCAUGCACUGUGAAAAGUAGGAAGUUCAAAUCGCUGCAUUUUCGCGGAAAUGAAACAUGCUACGGGAAUGGAAACUUGUUUAUCUUUAACCGAGUGUAAAUAAGAAUUCGUAAAACCUCGAUAUUUUGACUUUACAAUUUGAUGACAUCACUGUGAAAACCACCUAUAUAGACUAGGUUCGUUAAAUUGAGGUUCCACUGUAGACAAUUUUGACUCGGGCUGUCACAGGUGGAAAAUGGUCAUUUAUUCUGCAUCAACACCUUUGUGAUAUAAACAUGUAAUUUUAUCUUGCUUAUUUAAUAUUUAUUUUAACAGGAAACUAAGUAGCAUGGACAUUAAUGAAAUUGCUGAGAGGUCUGCUGCAUCAACUUUCCUGGAAGGGUUCAUGGUUGACAAUGGUGAUACCCAAACUGUUGAUAAAGAUGCUUGGAAGGCCUCGUUGCAAGAAGAUGAAAACACCCGAAAGCUGGCUGUUGGUGCAAUUAUUGUGUCAGAAAUGCGUGAUGCUGUCCUUAAAGAGACACAGUUUACAUGCUCUGCUGGAAUUGCUCAUAACAAAGUAAGGCAAAUUCUUCAACAUCCCACAGUUGAUUCUUUUUUUAUUUUACUGCUUCUAAGUAACUUGUGAACAGGCUUCAAAGUGGAGCAAAGAGAAAAAGACAACCCUCGAACAAAGCAAGCCAAGUGUGGCCCUGCGGAGAAUUUAAGGCAGGAUAGCCUGUAAACUUUUUUCUGAUGCCACCCAUCCAUGAUACCAGAUUCUGGUAUCAUGAUCUGAUUGGAUAAUUGUAAGUGAGUAGAUGGGCAGCAUAAAAACAAAGUCUACAGGCACCCCUCCUUUUUCACCCCAAGGCCAUGCCCUGCUUCACUUAAGAGCCAGUUCCCAGGCAGGGUACUGCUAAGUAGUGUGUGUGCAGGCAAUUCCGAUUUCCUUCGGCUAAACUUAGGUUGAAUAAAUCACCACAUACAUUAUGGGAUCAGUUUUUCAUCACAACCGAUUAGAAUCUUUCAGACAAUGCCCACAGUGAGACAGCCAAUCAAAGUUCUUUUCCAAGAGCUUGGGAAGCCAGAACAUGAUUAGCAAAUGGCAUUACACAGACUUUCCUUUUCUGUGAAGAACAAAGGAAAUUGGAGACAACUGCAGGCAGGCUACAUGUACUUAUAACUUUCCCCCCAACUUUUCCUGGCCUUAUUGCAGCUGCCAACAGCCUGCCUACACCUGUCCAGCUAUAGCCCGCAGUAACAUUUCCAGAUAUAAAGAGAGCACAUUUAAGUUUUCAGACAAAUCAAAACUUUGGAAAGAAUGGCUUAAAACAGGUUAAAUAUCUAAAAAAGAGAACCAAUAUUUAAAACACUCCCGUGUCUGUAGAUUUAGCUUUUGCGACCUUGCCCCCGUUGUUCAAACAUUAGAUUGUGAUAUCCAGUGGACAAGUAUUCAUGAAACUGAUUGUGUUAUCCAGUGCAUAGAGUGGAUAGCAUUAUCCACCUUUUGAAUAACUGGGCCUAGGCGAUCUUAGUAGUAUAGGAGGGACCGGUUAGGCCUCUUUUUUGCGGAGGAUUCUCAUUAGAGUGCGGAGGAAUACAUUAACGCCGAUGACGUCAUAGGCUAUUGUCCUCAUCUCAUGAAUAAAAUGUGGUGGAUUUAAUUAAGUAUACUGGUGACUUAAAAUCACUGAGACGUAACGUAAUUAUGCACUUCCUAUUUCCUGCUGCUGUGAUUGUCCUUGUUCCGGUUCACUGAUUUUUGGCGGGCAAAUCGUGUAUAUUAAAGAGGGUAAAGGCAAACUAGCUCUUUUUUACACUGCAAGCAAUGUUUUAUUUACCCCUCUCCUUUUCAUUUUUUAUUUUCCUCCUCCUCCACAAUUUUAUCAUUUUCCUUCCUCAAAUUUUUUAUUCCCUCCUCCUCCUCCUCCUCCUCCUCCUCCUCCUCAUUGUUAUUUUUCCUCCUCCUCGUCAUUUUUAUUGUUUUCCCUCCUCCUCCUCCUCAUUUUUAUGGUUUUCCCUCCUCCUCCUCCUCAUUUUCUAUUGUUUUCCCUCCACCACCACCACCACCACCACAUUUCUAUUGUUUUCCCUCCACCACCACCGCCACCACAUUUCUAUUGUUUUCCCUCCACCACCACCACAUUUCUAUUGUUUUCCCUCCACCACCACCACCACCACCACCGCCACCACAUUUCUAUUGUUUUCCCUCCACCACCACCACCACCACCACCACCGCCACCACAUUUUCACUGUUUCCCUCCUUGAGUUUGGCCUUUUAGGCCUGAUUUUGGCCUCUUUGGCCUUUUGAGGGAAACAAUGAAAAUGUGGUGGCGGUGGUGGUGGUGGUGGUGGUGGAGGGAAAACAAUAGAAAUGUGGUGGCGGUGGCGGUGGUGGUGGUGGUGGUGGUGGAGGGAAAACAAUAGAAAUGUGGUGGUGGUGGUGGUGGAGGGAAAACAAUAGAAAUGUGGUGGCGGUGGUGGUGGUGGAGGGAAAACAAUAGAAAUGUGGUGGUGGUGGUGGUGGUGGUGGUGGUGGAGGGAAAACAAUAGAAAAUGAGGAGGAGGAGGAGGGAAAACCAUAAAAAUGAGGAGGAGGAGGAGCGAAAACAAUAAAAAUGACGACGAGGAGGAAAAAUAACAAUGAGGAGGAGGAGGUGGAGGAGGAGGGAAUAAAAAAUUUGAGGAAGGAAAAUGAUAAAAUUGUGGAGGAGGAGGAAAAUAAAAAAUGAAAAGGAGAGGGGUAAGUAAAACAUUGCUUGCAGUGUAAAAAAGAGCUAGUUUGCCUUUACCCUCUUUAAUAUACACGAUUUGCCCGCCAAAAACAAGGACAAUCACAGCAGCAGGAAAUAGGAAGUGCAUAAUUACGUUACGUCUCAGUGAUUUUAAGUCACCAGUAUACUUAAUUAAAUCCACCACAUUUUAUUCAUGAGAUGAGGACAAUAGCCUAUGACGUCAUCGGCGUUAAUGUAUUCCUCCGCACUCUAAUGAGAAUCCUCCGCAAAAAAGGGGCCUAACCGGUCCCUCCUAUACUACUGAUCUUGCCUGAUCAGCAUCUCUAGAGUUUGGGGGACCAGUAGCCCCACUCACAUCAGGGGCACCCAACGUCAAUUUUCGGAAAAUAUCUGUUCCGAAGACUAUUUGAUAUCUAGAAUUUUUGCAACAUUUGUUGUAAAAUUUCUUGCUUGCCUGCCUCUCCUAGGAUUUUCAAAUAUUUAAAAAAUGGUAUAAUUGCCCAUUUUUAACCGAUUUUUUACCCUAAAAAGGUCACCUAUAAUUUUCGGGAGACUUUUCUCUGGAUGAAAUUUUCGAAAAGGUAAGUUUUGAUCCCUAUAAUUUUCGGAUCACUAGACUUUCAGAUAGGAAAUCCGAACAUUUGAAAAAUUUUUAGGGGAUAAAAAAGGCCUAUAUCUACCGUUUAAAUGCUAAAAUACGUUUAACAAUGCUAUGUUUAAGUGGUUUUUAACUAUAUUCUCGUUGGGUGCCCCUGUCACAUAGGAAAUUUAAGAGAAUACCCCUAUGUUUUCAUCUCCUUUUUUUCAGAUGUUGGCAAAGCUGGCUGGUGGUCGUCACAAACCUAACAGACAAACAUUACUUCCUCAAUGUGCUGUGCCCAAGUUAUAUGAAACUGUGCCAAUCAAAAAAGUGUAAGAAAAAUUUCUCAUGGUAUUGAAAUGUUUAAGUACAGCAAAACAUAAAUGUAGCUUAUAAAAAAAUUUCCUGGGUCAAAAAUUAGACACUGACUCGUUUAAAGUAGACGACAAUGUUCUUGACCCAAGGCUGUUGACUGAUGAGAAUUUUAAAGUCACUGAUAGUCAAACCCCGCUUCAUGGACACAUGCUUAAUGCGGACAUCUCAUUAUUAAGUAAGGACAGUUUGCUAAGUUGUCCCUGGGGAAAGAAAUCCCUUACAUUUUCUCUAAAUUCAACCCGCUUAAUAUGGACACCUCAUUAUUACAAACAGUUUGCUUUGUCUCUGGGGAAAGAAAGCCCUUACAUUUUCUCUAAAGUCAACCCGCUUAAUAUGGACACCCCGGUAAUACAGACACUUUCUAUGGCCCCUCUUAGUGUCCAUAUUAAUGGUUUAGACUGUGCAAGUCAGUGUACGGGUCCCGAACGAAUAGCCACUGGGUUGGAAAUAUUGCCCCAGACAUAAUUGACGUAUGAUCAUGAAAGUUAUGUUUGCAAGUCAAGUGGAUCCCUUUGGGUUAAAAAGCUGGAGCUAAUGUACACUGUCUCUACUCUUGAACCGCAACAGAAAUACGUGCAGUUGUUUUAAACUGUGCUAUUUUUUGCUACUGUAAAAAAGUUCUGAAGUUUUUUUUUUUUGUCGAAUACAUGUAGUAUCGCGCGGAGACUGUAAGUUUGCUUUUAAAAGGGCCAUUUGAAGUUUAAAACUUUUUCUUAGUUUCUUUUCGCAGAAAUGUAGGGGCUUACCAACGAGACAUUACUUGUUAAGUCUUGGUUGAUUUAGAUGACUCAAUCUCUUUGUUUACCAGUUGUUUGUUUCCUUUUUUCCACCCAACGGGGAGUGUUAUCAUUUCAAAAUACAGGACUUAAUAUAAACCAGUAAAAAGUUAAGACUUUGUCACCCUUUUAGGCGAAACAUGGGAGGCAAGCUUGGUUUUGAAGUUUCUUCCAAUUUGAGAGCGGAGAAGAUGAGUGAUUUGGCCAGAUACUCUCUGGCCGAACUGCAGGGGCGAUUUGGUGAAAAAAACGGGUAAGAUUUCACAUAUUAGCAGUAUCUUUGUGUAUCUCUUUCCAGCCUGCGUGGCAGGCCGGCGCCGGUUAGUUUUUUAUAAACUUCGAAAUUUCUGCCUUUGUGUUUAGAAAUCUGUGUAUGCUAAGCUGGCUAAUCGUUUUCGUGCCCUUAUGACGAGACUAGGCGAUUUAUUAUGGUAAAAUAUCACCGGCGGAGACACUGCCUAAUGUUACAAAUUCGUCCAUUUCGGAAAAUCCUCAGAUCGUGAUAAAUUCUGUGAUUGGUGGAUUUAGCUGAGUGCACUUAAUAUGAUUGGCUGAUGUAACUGCCCGAUUACAGCCAACAGUCCGAUUACACUGUCAGAUUACAACACUACACUUUGACAGUGACGGGUGAAAAAUAAAGCAGUCAAUGCACUAAUCAAAUUUGAGGAAAUUGUAAUGGUUAUGAUUAAACUAUUAAAGCGUUUUCUACCAUUCGAUACCCUGGUCCCAGAAAUUUUCGUUCUUUUCUUUCCCAAAACGAAUUAAAGCCGUAAUGCACUCUUGCUGACAAUUUUAAUUUUGUGUACUUCGUUUUUUGGCACAUUGGGCACGCUUCAGUCGUAAAAAAAGGUAUAGAAAGAAAUGGGUGAAAAAGUGAAAAUCGGGCGUUCUUUUUUUCCCUGGACUACGAGUAAGCUAGGGGGAAUCCUCAGAGGAAGUCUCCCGCGAGAACGGUAACACGUAGAAGGGGUGGGGAAGGGAUUCCUCGUGCGUGGCGUUUUAAAUGUGCGCUGGCUUGUUGCGCUCGCUCUGCUCCCUGAGGAGAAUGAAGAACUAUGUUAAGAAGUAGUCUAAUAUUUCCUCUACACUUUGCACCCGGACUACUAAAGUGAACUUUUUUGGGUUCAAAUCAUUUACAAUAUAAUAAUUCUUAAUUUCUUUGUUUGUGUGUUAUUCAGUGACUGGCUGUACCAGAUUAGCCGUGGUGUAGAUCAUGAACCUGUUAGACCGCGACAACUGGCGAAAUCUACUGGCUGUGGCAAAAACUUCCCAGGAAAAUCAAAACUGGCAACAGUUGAACAGGUACGGUAAAAUUUAUUAUAUCUUUGAUAAAAUUUCCCUGGAAGCAGAGGUCUCUCACGCCAAGAGAAAAAUGAGAGAAAGGAGAGAAACCUCUACCGGCCGCUGACGCAUUUUCCAUCACGCAUGCUCUGGCGUUUCCUUAACAACCAGUGACGUUUUAGUCACGUGCGACAUAAGUUGCAGAACCGGUUUGCACAAUAACAACUGUAAGCUCAGAAAUUUCCAGCGUACAGUCUCAAAAAAGGCACCCGGAUUCCGCGCAUUCCACAUUUAAAGUAACCGGUUUUGAAAACCAGUCAGUUUAAACUACAAUCUGGUCGGAGGCUACAUAAAAGAAUGCGUGGUGCGCCGGCAGAGGUCGGAAAUGAUAAAACGAAUGGACCAUGUAACUUUUGAGGAGGCGGUGAUGGUUGUUGAGUGAUUUAGUUUGGGUAAGAAUUUUUUCCUUGUUUCUGUUUUUUUGUAGUUGUUUUUUGUUUGUUUGUUUAGUUGUUUAUGGGUAUUUUGUUCAGCUCAGCCUCAGUCGGUUUCCCGUGAUCGGACCAAUACUCAGGGUCUCAAAAUAAUGAUACCAAGGUGCUGCCUUUGCCUUGAUUACCACGUUAAAUGGCGGUCCCAUCUUCAAUAAGUGACGUAAAAAAUAACGUCUUCAAUUAGUACGUUCGUGCUAAGUACGUAAACACAGAAACAAACUGUGUUGUUCUUGUUGUUUGUUUGUAUCUUUUUUUCUGUUUUGAUGUUGAUAUAAGCCUCUUAAAGACAAUUCAUUCUUCUUUGAAAUCACCCAACCCCGCUACGCUACGCCCCCCCCCCCCCCUGCAAAAAGCCAUUGGUUGCAAGACGUGAAUGAUGUUUAACCAACUGCCUCGCUUAAGUGGAAGGUGGGUGCCUGGGAUACCCAGGGGCUUCCACUGUGGCCAGCCAGCCCCUAGAUAGAAAAACUGCCCCCAUGGCUGGCAAAUCCCCGCAACCCAGCCAUGAGCCCCCAUUCCAGGCACCCGUCACACUGAUCAAACAGUGGAAGGAAGAAAAAUAGGGAUGGGAGGGGGGGAAGACGCUAAAUGAACCGCUCCACAGACCACUGCACAAACGCUCGAUGAACAACUCGCAGAUCCUAGCCAUGUACAAAGCUACCACACACCAUGUGAGCCUGCACUUAUGGGAUUGACCGCUGGAUGCCCGCCACGCUCGUGGGCCGCUUGACCGCUAAGCUUGUAGACCGCUUGACCGCUAAGCUUGUGGACCGCUUAACUUGUGGACCGCUCAACUGCUAAGCUUGUGAACCGCUUGACCGCUAUGCUUGUGAAUUGCUUGACCGCUACGCUUGUGAACCGCUUGACCGCUAAGCUCGUGGUGGUUAACUUAGUUAAAUUACAUUUAACCAAAUUUAACCAACUGCCUCACUUAAGUGGAAGGUGGGUGCCUGGGAUACCUAGGGGCUUCCACUCUGGCCAGCCAGCCCCUAGAUAGAAAACUGUCCCCAUGGCUGGCAAAUCCCCGCAACCCAGCCAUGAGCCCCCAUUCCAAGCCGAAGGGACUCUUCGAGCUGACGCAGCCAGAUCGGAGAGGGAAAGAGGGGCUCAGGGCUGGGGGAAGCCCUGGCCCCGAACUACCCAAGUCCCGAGGCACCCUACAAGGACAACUAGGAAAAGAGAAAGAUACGCAAGAAAAUACCUGUCAAGUGAGAAGGCUUGCUACCCCCACGAUAGUACUGACGGGAGUGUGAAUAUAGAUCUGAUACGCAUCGCUGGACCAUCUGCCAAGUGUCUUGAUGAGGUGAUCUGGUAAGCCACGAGAGGCUGCUGAAGUAGCAGCGCCAAUGCGGAAGCUAUGACCGGUGUAGCAACCAGUGACCCCAGCAGCGGAGAAGAUAGACUGAAUACUGGAUGUCAGCCAUUGGCGAUGUAGAGGUGCCAUCAGAGAGAAGGAAGAGUGGGCCAGGAGUUGAGCCACGGACGUGUAGAUACUGGGUAAGGGCGCGCACAGGGCAGAGAUCACGUUUACCAGCACCAAUGUAAAUAUGGCAACCUUGGCGAAAGGGGUCCGUCUUAGAGCACUUAAUAUGAAUCCUGAAGCUGCUAGGAUUGACUAGGGAAUCUGCUUGGACAUCACUGACAGCAAGGUGGAUGUCAGGAUUGAAGGGAGAGUUGACAGUAAACUCACCAGCACGUAAGAAACCAAAAACCCGAGACAGCAGGCAGCCCAAAGCAUUGUAUGGUUGUAGUCAGAGAAGUUCAAGGACUGGAAGAUAAUGUGCAUCAGCUCGAUUGUGAUGGGUUGGCGCUGACGCUUAUUUGAGCCUUGGUGACGUUUGAUGCCCCGCAACACCCGCUGUAACCGAAGGCAACCAACCAGCGGAGAAGGAUGACCCUCCUCAAUGUGAAGGGACCGAAUUGCUGAAAGGUAAACCUUUAUGGAUGAAUGGUGAAGAGUAUCAGCAAGAUGACAGCAGAAACGGAUGAGCACGUCUUCACUGGCUGGAAGAGCUGAUCCCGAAGGAGAUAGGCUAUUGUCCUGAGCACAGAAAUCCAAGAAGCGGCGUUGGGCAGAAGCAUAGACUUUCCUAGUGGAGGGGGCAAGACCCUGAGUCAAAUAGAAGUGGUAUUUAUCUGACAGCGAAGAUCCAAGUCCGAGAGGAGCUGCUGCGGAAUCUGGGUUGGAAUGGAGUCUGCAAGAGGAGCUAGCCGGCGAAAACGCUGAAACUGAAAGCGAGACAGGGAGUCAGCAAUGGGGUUAGACUUCCCUCUAACUGGGGAGGCAGUGAAGGAGAAGGAGUGACGAGCUGCCAACAGGGACAGAUAGCGAACCAAGGACAUGAUGGUAGGGGCUCUUGAAGUGCCAGACCGCAAAAUGUCCACCACUGAGCGGUUAUCUGAUAGGAAGUUGACCCGUUUGGAGGCCCACUGGGGACCCCAGAGGUAAGCUGCCACGACGAUAGGGAAAAGUUCCUUGUACUCGAUAGACUGAGAGACCUGUGAUGGGAGCCAUGCACCUGAAAACCAGUGACCCUGGAAGACUGCUCCAUAACCAAGAGCCCCAGAGGCAUCUGAAGAAACCUCGAAGUCAGGAAUUGGAGCCCACUGGGGGUACUGAAGAAAGCUGCAACCAUUCCAAGACUGGAAAAACUCUUGCCACCAGGCUAGGUCAAGAAAGAACUCUUGAUUGAGACGAAUCGGGUGGUCAUCGCGUCGAAAGGCACAUAGUAGGUUAAUCAUUCGGCGCAAGAAUGAGCGACCUUGGGGUACGACUUUGCAGGCAUGCUGAAGGUGACCUAUUAGGGACUCCAGAUCCUUGCGUUUACACCAACGCUUUUGUGACCAAUCUUCCAACAAGGCAGUUAUCCUAUCAAAUUUGUCCUGAGGAAGGCGUGCCAGCAGAUUAAGAGAGUCCAGUUCAAUGCCCAGGAUGGUUAGGCACGUCGACGGCCCUUCUAGUUUGUCUGGAUGGAGGGGGAUGCCAAGCUUAGAAAAACAGUCAAUUGACCUGUCCAGAUUAUGUUGACAAACAGAGGAGCCGGGAGGGCCAAGAGUGUGGAAGUCAUCAAGGUAAUGCAUCAGGAAGGUGACAUCGUAGUUUUGCUUGGCCACCCACUCCACUAAGUCUGCUAUACAUGUGAAGAUAUAUGGAGCUGACCUGACACCAAAAGGCAGGACCAUAUCAACAUAAAAGGCACCACGCCAUUUCAUACCCAGCAACUGGCGAUCUUCUGUAUGGACUGGCACAAUACGGUAUGCAUUUUGCACGUCAAAUUUUGCCAUGAGGGAACCCCGCCCCAGCCGCAUUAUGCCUGCAAUAAUGUCAUCUACCUUCAUGUACUGCAGAGAAUAAUCCUCGCCCGCAAUUCCGUCGUUGACACUGUGGCCCGCAGGGCUAGACAGGUCCAGGAUAAGACGCCAUUUCCCAGGUUGGUGGCGUUUGGGGAUGACGCCGAAACGACUCACAUGGAGGACAGGGAGGAGAGGCUGGGAGAAGGGGCCCGCCACCCUGCCUGUCUGAACUUCCGAUUGCAAGUAAUUGUCGAUGACCUGAGGGUUUAGGAGUGCUGACGCCAUAUUUCCCGUUGCCGACUUCAGGGAAGUACUGUAAUUGAAGCCUAGGUUAAAACCAUCGCGAAGGCCUUGGACCACGUAUGCAACUUUGUCUGGGUUAGGAUGAUGACAGAGUUCAUGCUGGAAUCUAUCCACAUUAAUGGGAGUAAGCUGAGAAACUUGUCUUAAAGGACAAACGGCUGGAGAACACAACGAAUAACUGGAACUUGGCAGACCCUGCUGCGGAGAGAGUAAAACAAAAGGAGAACGCAACUCUAACGCUGAAAAAUUACCAUGAGAACCAACGUGAACAGGAACAAAACUAUUUACAGUAGAAUUGGCUAGAGGUUGCCUAGCGACGGCGGAGACCCCCCUUUGACUGAGAAGGGGAGCGGGACCGUUCUCUCCGCGCGGACCGGUGAGGGCAGUGGAUGCGGGGGUGGUCCCCGUGGCACGAUUCACAGGAGUGACGAAACCGACAGCGACCAAAGGGCCAGCGACAGCGCCCGUCGUUCCAGGAGUGGCAAUACUGGCUAGACCGGGCAUUGCCUGAAGACCCAAGAGGCUCUGAUAGUGACGAGGCAGAGGAAGUUGAGGAGCCUGAAGCAGUUGAGGUGGUCACUGGAGAUCUGGUGUGAAAGUUGUAGAGGUCUGGGUGCAUGCGAGACCAGUCGGUUGAACCUGAGGCUGCGGCUUCUUUUCGGAAGGCGAUGUCGUAGUGGAGCCACGAUUUGUCAGAAAAGCGCCUUGCUGUCUGGAUGAUGAGUAACUUGUACUGAUUUAAAUCUUUCCAGCGAGAGGGGAAGGUGUGGCAAAGAAUCAUAGAAAAGAUUGUGAAGGCUUCAAUCCAGGUGAUGAUGUCUGCUAUUUCAAUGACCCGUUUCUUCGACCCUGAUACCACCAGUUUUCCCUCCAAAAACGCUUGGGGUUCGAUUUCUUGAGCUCUGAUGUUGUCCGGAAGGAGGUCAGCCAAGUCUACAAAAAGCCCUGCGGUAAUUUUAGAAACAAGCUUAAAGGGGACUGGAGCAUAGCCAGGGCCCACCACAAAUGCUUUAUUGAGGUUUGGAAGCGUAGAGGACUCGGUUCCGGUCGCGCCACCACAAGAGCCCCCAACCACUACAGGCAAGUUGGCGGAGGACGUGGCGGGAAGAGAGGAGACUACCGAAGGACCGCCAGAUGAGCUGUACGUUGAAAUAAAUGAGGGCACAACAAGCGUACCUGAAGACUGGGAGGUAGAGCCAGGGGUACUGGAGCUAGAGGAUGCCGGAGACUGCGUAGAAGUCGAAGUCGAGGAGAGAGGAACAGACGCCGCGGCCGUGUUCGAGUUCCCGCCACUGGAAUCUCGAAGGGAAGAUAGCAGCGGAGGGAGGGAUUCCGCGAGAGCUCUUGAAAUUGCCUGGGCUAGCGCGUUGGUGUCCGGCAGGGAAACAGGUUGACUUGGCGGAGAAGCCGAGGUGUUAACUGUAGGAGCUGGGGUAGAACCGCUAGAAGAAGGCGAAGACGCGGUAACCGGGGAAGACAUCGUUGACAGGCUGUUGUUCGUGGUACGCAUCCUGAACGAACGUGACGACCCGCACGCUUUGAAAAACAAAUGAAAGAAAAAAGGAUACAAGAAAAAGCACACUGUAAGACUGACGCUCCAAAGAUCGCUAAAAAAGGCGAAAGACGCUAAAUGAACCGCUCCACAGACCACUGCACAAACGCUCGAUGAACAACUCGCAGAUCCUAGCCAUGUACAAAGCUACCACACACCAUGUGAGCCUGCACUUAUGGGAUUGACCGCUGGAUGCCCGCCACGCUCGUGGGCCGCUUGACCGCUAAGCUUGUAGACCGCUUGACCGCUAAGCUUGUGGACCGCUUAACUUGUGGACCGCUCAACUGCUAAGCUUGUGAACCGCUUGACCGCUAUGCUUGUGAAUUGCUUGACCGCUACGCUUGUGAACCGCUUGACCGCUAAGCUCGUGGUGGUUAACUUAGUUAAAUUACAUUUAACCAAAUUUAUGAAUGAUGUUUUUCUUAAAGUGUAUUCUCUCUUAUUAGGUCAAGUACUGGCUAGAACAACUGGCUGGUGAACUUGAUGAACGACUCACACGAGAAGCUGAGUUGGUAAAUAUUACUUUCUUUGCAGUUGUGCAGUAGUUUACGAGCGUCAUAGUAACAAAUAGACUUGUCAUGGUUUUGAAAGCCAUGUUGACGAGUAAGCAACCGCGUGAGAAAUUACAGUGUGUGUAUGAGAACCUACUGUCGAAUACUUUCCGUAAAUCGACUGUUCUGAACAAAUAUGAAUUGUAAACUAAAGCUUCACUCCUAACGAUUCUAUUGAAAAAAUUUGAGGGCGUUACAUGUAGCUACACGUGCUAGUUUUUAAAUGGUCUUUACAUUUGUCUGUAAAAAGUUUUCUUCCUGCCGACAAAAAAUUCCCGGGAAAAAUUGCAGACAAAUAUAUAUUUUUUUCAGAACAGCCGUUUUACGGAAAUUUUUCGACAUUAGAAUCUCAUACAAACACUGUAAUUUCUCACGCGCUUGUCUUCUCGCCAAGAUGGCUUCCAAAACCGUGACAAGCUCUAUUCUCCCACACUCAAGGGGUCGUAUGUUUUCUAGGGGCUGAUUUGUACAUCGACAGGAUCAAAAUUGGAAUCGGCAUCGGAGUAGCUUAAGAAAACACUCACAGCCGACAUUUCGCAACAUCACCAUUAAUUUCCCCGCGAAAUUACGUCUGACAAACGAGCGCUGAAAUUCCAUACUGAUGACGCGUCACUACCCAGAUCUGGGUAGGCGUCAUCAGUAUGGAAUCUCUGCGCUCGUUUCUUAGACGUUUUUACGCGGGGAAACCAUUACUGGCGUCGUGAAAGGUCGGCUGUUUUCUCAAGAGAAAUAGGAGGCAAAAAUCUCGCUAUUAGGUUUAUAUCCUUGAGAAUAAAAAUGUUUUUGAAAAGAAAGAGAAAGUUGUAUAAUUAAAAGUGAAUAGUAAUAUUACUUUAUUUUUUUCUACAGAAUAACCGUGAGGCAAGACAGCUGGGUGUUGGUUUCAGAAAUGAAAAUGAUUCAUCCUUCUCCCGCUCCUGUCACUUGAGAAGUUCAACUGCCAGUCAAAUCGCUAAGGAUGCGUACAAUCUACUGCUACCAUUCAACUCGAUCAAGGAGGGCAAAACCGAUACAUGGUAAAGUACAUUUCUGUGUUAAUUGAUCCUUUGCGUGUGUGAUUGUCCCAUUCUGUAGAUCCAAGAUGUUCUCGACUCGACGUCUUGAACUACAGGCUCUAAAGCUUGGUUUUCUAUUGGUCAUUCUGGGAUUGCGCGUAGAUACUGGGUAGGAGUGACGUCGAAUUCCUGUAUGGGGCCAUUUUGGGGGACGAUUUUUUGCCCAGUCUCUUAGGCAACUUGGUGAUAGUAAAAUAAUAAAGUUAUAACGUCCCCAGGACAAUCCCAUAAUGCAAUUCAACACAACACUGACCCAGUGUCUCACGUUAAACAGACAGUGGACAAUUUAUCUCUAAAAACGUCUAGCGAUCUGAAUCAUCGUUGUUUUCAUAUAAACCAGGUUCUCUGUUAUCUGCCUCACAGCCGUUCUUUAUGUCGGCACGCAACGCUCCUCCCCGACACAGAGAACUGCUGUGAAGCAGACUAGGUUUUCUGUGAGCGAAGAAAGUCAAUGAAAAAAAGAAGAGAAAAAAAUUCUGAUGAAGUCAUUUGAGGCGGGUUGGUGUGCUUCAUUACGAAGCGCUCUGGUUUACGCUGUAUGACUGUAAUGGUUAUUGUCGUCAUGGCUCUACUGGGAAACAAACAUAAAUAAGAGCUGACGUGCUGUCCUGUCCAGUCGUAACCGACCCUUGUUUCAUUAUAAUUAUUUUGAAAGGAGGAGAAAUCUAACACCAGAAAGCUCAGAAAAAAAAUUCCGAGCUCCAGGUGCGAAUCCAGCCUCGUUCACAGUCGUCCCCGGAGAUUAUCUCGCUCGGUUCCAAGCUUCCUGUGCUCACUCGGACAGCGCGAACUGGAGGGGAGACGAGGCUGGUGAGAAUCGAACUCACGACCUUCGGAGUUCUUCUUCGGGUGCUCAAACCACUGAGCUACGGGAGGCUCUGUGGAGUGCAGUGUCAACUGAAAUGUAAUUAUAAUGGCUAAUGUAAUUAUUACAUCAGCCAUGUGCGAUAGAAGCCUGGCUCCCAUUGCUAGGUCUUUAUUAAACGUUUGCCAAGUUUACGAAAGAAACUUGCGAAGAAAAUUGGUUGUCAAAUUCCUGGCGUUAAAAACGACUUCUUUUAUAAUUGUUCAGGUAUCCAGCUAUCGUUACCUUGAAUAUUUCGGCAAGCAAAUUUGAGGACUUAUCUGAAAAUAGCAGUACACCAUCAAUAAGCUCUUUCUUCAACAAGAAAAGCAAAACUGAUGCACUCACAGUAACUUCGGUCGAAAAGGAGAAUACUCAAGAUCAUGGCGAAGACGAUUUCUCUAACUUGCAUUCAGUAGAGAAAGAAACUGUUAACAGUGACUCAAAGUUCUCAAACAACUCCAAGGCAACUUCUUCAAUCAUUACUCCGAUUAUUUCACUUCAGAAUAGAGGUGAAAGUUUGAAGGGCAGCAGCAGCGAUAACGCUGCUUGUGGCUCAAAACUCAGUGAGACUCAUACCUCGAAGAAGAAAGGCAUAGAAGCUUUUUUCUCGGGUUCUGGGGCGAAAACAUGCGAGGUGAAAGACAAAAAUGGUGGACGGACUCCAAGGAACCCUUACCAAGACUGUGAAAUUGAUAGCUCCGUUUUGGAGAGUUUACCAGACGAUAUUCGCCGGGAAAUUCAUCAGUCUUUAUCAGUAAAGAAUGAGCCAGGGAAAAGGGCGAAAGAAGGAGGAGAUUUCUUCGGUGUUCACGCCUCGUCGACCGAAAAGAGGAAAAGAUCGGAGGACAAUGGGAACAUGGCAGUUACUUGUAAUACAGGGAGUGACAACGUUUUUGAUGCUAAAAUGCAGGUUAUCGGCAACAACCGAACGGGGGAUUGCACAGAUUUGGUAAAGUGCGAAAAAUGUGGAGAAUCUUUGUCCCACUGGGAAAUGCCCGAGCAUUCAGACUAUCAUUUUGCCCUGGAAUUGCAACAAGGAGAAAGGACGUCAUCUGCGGCUAGGAAUACGCAGUUGUUAGUUUCUGAGCCCCCGAAGAAAAAACAGCGAACCACAAUUCAGUCGUUUUUCUCGCCUAAAUGA